CUUUGUUCAUGUGCCAAAUUAGGAACAACAGUUUUGUCGUACUAAAAUGUCCAUUGAUUCUAUUCAAUCAAUGCGCCUACUUCCUAUUGAUACCCAGCUUCGCCUAUUAGCGGGCUUGCACAAUAUCAAGUUACGCCUGCUACCCAGCCGUCACAAGACCAACAAAUCCUCACCCACCCGCUAAGCGCGACCUCCCUCCCAUUGUCCAAUUCUAUUGUCCCCGCUUCCCAGCCGCGCGUGAGUGGCUAGCCGCCAUUAUCACAAUGGGAAUAUCAAAAGCCUCAAGACCCUCACAAUGUUGGAAACGGGGCACACAAUACGCCAUUGUAAGUCAUGAGUGAAAUCUAUACUCGACCUCGAGUCUGUGAGGUAACUUUUCUCCUUCUUCUCCUUCUUCUCCUUCUUCUGCUUCCCCCCAGCUUCGUUUUUAUAUUGACCCCGGAUUUCUCAUAUUCGACUCGAUUUUUCCAAACUUGCAAACAUUCGGACUGCGUCCAUUGAUAACCUACUUUCUGAUUCCCAUUCUCAAAUUUCUCCUGCGUCGCCCAACCGUCACAUACCUGUUCUUCCCAAUUUUCCUCUCAGUUCCUGGAAACUCGCCUCGCCAAGAUGUCCGAAGGACCAGCUGCUUCGGGUGUGGACAAGAAGAAAGUUGUGGUCAUCGAGUAUGACAAAGUGCAGGGGACGUACCUGGAGCUCGGCUUCUGGGACGAUGAUAUCGGCGCCGAGAAAUACGCCGAGCUCCUCAACAAGGGCCGAAUCCGCGAGGAACCCUGCCUGGACUUCGACGGCAACCUCCUCCGCAUCCAUGGCCAACCCGACACCGCCAUCCCCCUGAAGAACGAGACGUACGAAACCCCGUAUCCGAGAUCAUCUGUCUCACCUACUGACCUGGACCCCCACAGCAUCUUCCGGUGCUACUGCACCUCCGACCUCCAGAACUGCCGCGCCUGCUUCAUGCGGAAGCGCACCGUCUUCGCCGAAGGCCGCGCCCAACUCGCCCGCUUCGAGGGCCACGCCGCCAAAGCUGCCGCCCGGCACUUCAAAGCCAAGGCCGGCGUUCUGGAGGCCGAGGUCACGACCCUCAAUUCCUCUCUCCGAGAGCGCGACGCCGAGCUCGAAGCGUCCAAAGCCCAAGUCCUCGCCCUCAAGGACUUCAUCGCCAACCGGUUCACGGGUGCGGUCCAGUCUCUCGGAGCUGCCCAUCCCGUGGCCGAGUUCCAGCAGGCUGCGGACGCGUUCGAGAAGGAUGGCGGCAACGUGGGUCGAAGCACGCAGCUGGGCGCCUUCGGGCUUCCAGCAGAGCGUGCUCCCACGGCCGGCGGCUGCAGUGUUGGUGGUGGAGUGCUGUCUGGGUCUCCAGGCAGCGAUGGGGAUAUCACCGAUUCGGACGAUGAGGAUGUCCAAGACGGCCUUGCUCGCAAGCGCCGUCGGAUUUCCUCUGCCGGUCCGUCUCGGCCCCCCACCUCCACUGCCGGCAGCAGCAGCAGCCGUCGUCGCCCCUCCUAUUCCCUCGGUGCUCGUCGCAAGCAUCCCGUUCCUUCUUCUUCUCUCUCGGUGCUCGCGGUACCCGCUAGCUCGGGACCCGAGCAGCCUCUCAUCCGUCGACGCAAGCUUCCGGCCUCCGCUGCUUCUGCUCUCGCGGUUCCCGCUAGCUCGGGGCCCGAGACGCAGAAGCCGGUCGGUCGCUCGUCGUGGAACUCACGGAGCGCGAAGCUCGAUCUCGAUGCGGUGCCGAUGGUGCCGAUGGCUUCGAUUGCUGCGGCUGUGGCGGAGGAGACUGCCGUCCCUGCUGCUUCCAGUUCGCGGAAGCGCAAGGCGACUUCUCCUCCUGCCGACACCGAAGCUGGGCCCUCCGAUUCCCAGGAGCCCAAGUCCGCCUCCGCCGACGCCGACACCGACGGCUCCGACUCCGAUUCCGACUCCGAUUCCGACUCCGACACCAACACCCCCUCACCCCCAACCAGGCGCAUCACCACCUGGACCGAGCACGAGAAAACCUGCCUGAUCGCGGUGAUGUUCUCCCACGCCGCCGCGGUCAAGGAGGGCCGCCAUCGCGCGGUCUACGACACUGUGCUCUGGGCUGUCAUCCGGAGGCAGUUGAUGGCCGAGCACGGGAUUGAUCGGGGUGGACAGGCGUGUCGGAUGACAUGGAAUCGCGGGCUCCGGAAAAAGACGGGGCUGGAUGAGAGGUUGAGAAGGGACCCGAACAGGAUGGCAACGAGCUUGCAGAAGAAGACUGGGCAGUGAGGGUGGUGGGGUUGUGGGUUGCUGUUGCUGAGUCUGGAUUGUUUUUGUUGUUUUGUGAUUUUUGUGAUUUUAUGGUAGUGGUGUUUCGGUGCUUGGUGCUUGGUGCUUGGCGCUUGGCGCUUGGUUUUUGCUGUUUUUGUGGAUGGUGACCGUUCUCACGUUUUGUCUUGUGGUUUUUCCUUUUGUUUUUUGCUUUUAUGACAAGUGCUGUCUUUGCGUCUGCGAGUGAUUUUUUUAUGCAAUAAUUGUAUCCAGACUCGGGUGUUUUGCAAUUGCUUUUUUAUAUGCCUGGAUUCAGAUGAAUUGAACUGAUUUUAAAUUUA